GACUCCUCUGCCAGCAUCUUGCACACCGUUUUCACCGCCAUUCGCCCUGGAUCAUGCCGGUCAUGUCGCGCCGUCCUUCCUGUUGUCAUUGGUUUGUGCGGCCGGCGGGUUUUCCUUGCUUAUGCAAGUACAAAUCAAUCCCACGGCAGCCUGGAGCAUGCGUUGGGGGACUUGCGAGCCAAACGAAAGGUAAGGCGAAGAAGGACGCCUUCUCCGAGAGUCCGUCUGAUCUGUCCAAGGUCAUUCCAUCCACCGGAAGUCGGAACUUGUACCUUGUUUAUUUCCUGACUGAGGUACUUAGCUACCUUGCAGGGACGUGGAAUCGAGCGAGAGAGAACCUUGCUGUUUGCCUCAAGCGCCAAUGCUCUCAGGUCUCCUUUCCACGGUCUAGAGCAAAGAUGCAUCUCAACUCCCAUGGCGCGCCGCCCGGCUGCGUGUCCAACCCUUCUCCUCUCCUCGCCCUCCUCCACAUUGGCCACGAUCAAAGACGAAAUAGAGAGAACUCAAGGAUCGGCAGUGUCAAGCAUCCAAAGUCCCCAGAAGGGCCCGGCAAUACACAGUACGAAAUAGAGGCUAGUUUCAGCCACCCCUGUCUGAUCACAGAAGCGACGGGGGGGGGAGACAGAAUAUCCUCCAAUGGUCAUGGGCUAUCGGUUGGUAUUCCUGGAAGCGAUGGGGUUGCGCAGUAUGAAUCCCAGGGACGGGGAAGACACGGAAGGAGGGAGGGUGUUGAAAUUUUGUUGUCUGGCCCCACUUGCCAGAGUCGUGUCUCCCGUCACGGUCUGGUCUGGUCUGGUCUGGUCUGGUCUGGUCUGUGCCCCUUCAAGCCCCGGUACGACCAGACCGUGGCUCUUUCUGCCACGAUCCAAGGCUUCAUUUCACCCUUCGUGCCAACUGUCAUGGCGGGGCCGCCCUCUUGUCCCUGCAUUCUCCCUCCACUCCGUGAGCCCCAAUCCGGUAUGACAAUCAGAGUCUCUUCUCUGGCUUUCCCGGAUUAUUUGUGUCACCGACACUUGGACGCACCUGGAUGCGACUCAGUCGGCUUGACUUGA